GCUAUAUUUGUCAAUUCAAAAAAUGUGAUCCGCCCACUCCGGGAAUUUAUUACUUCAUUUUUUGUUUUUUUCCUUACAAAAAGAUUGUGAUUGUGAGACGACUUUUACCAUUGUUUGAUAAGAGAGCACUGUUGUUACACAUAAAAAAAAAAAAAACUGCUAAACAAUCGGACGAAUCGAGAUCGCCUGGGGCAGUAAAUCCUCCUUGAAAGAGAUCGCCCCCUCUCCCUCCCAUUUUUCACCUUUCUUCUCUCUCAUUUUUCACCUCGGCAUGGCUGGAGGCUAUUUUACUUUAGUCCUCACGAGUCGACGCCAGCAGCUUCUCGCCAAGAGAGUGUGUCAGUCUAGCGAAACAAUUCUUCGAGUGCUGUUGUUCUCUGAAGACAAUCCAGUCAAGUUUAGGCCUGUUCCAGUUCCUGUGAAAUGUGUAUUCUGAAGGUGUUUUGAGUUGGCUUUUUUCAUUAUAAAACUACCUGAUGGCUUCCUGUCCACUUGCCAUCCAGCUGAAGCUGGAGGAUCAAAUCCCAUUUGUGGAUGCUGAAGGUUCGUGUGAUGGAAGUAUCAGCAGUGUGGGCACAGGUAGCAUUUUGGGACACUCCACCACCAGUGAAGAAUACCUGGACAAGAAUGAAAGUCAAGAGAGACUUUGGAAGUUUCAUCAGGGCCAUCAAGAUUCAUCAAUGGGCGAUCAUCACAGUUUGAAUAAUAUUCUAGACACUGUUUCGUCAUCCCAAACCAGGCUGACAGAUCUGGAUUAUUCUUCAGUGGACCAGCUUGAUGGGCCACACUUGAACAACUCCCAUGAAUCUAUCAAGAUCGAUUCCCUUCUAGAGAAAACUGUCAUUGAUGAUGAACCAGUGCAAGACGAAUGCAAGACCCCAUCCAAAAAUGUCACAAAACUGGCUAGACCCAGCACACUCAUCCUGGAGAAGGACGUUAAAGGGGGAUUUGUUUCUUUGACAUCUGCAUAUGCCUCCCUGAGUGAACAGAUGAGCGAUAACUACGAGUCCAUCUAUAACAGCAGCGUCGGUUACGGCUGCAAUGGUCAGCUGAGCCCGUCGAAAUCCAUUCAUUCGACCGUUUCCAGUCCAUCAACGCAACCCCAUCACUAUAUUUCAUCGUACCGAGUAGCACGAACAUCGUUAUCACGGCGGACGGGUUCCAAAGUUGCGGCGGCGGUGACUUCAGCCUCGUCGUCAUCUUCAUCGUCGACCUUGGAUCGAGUCGGAGUCGACCCUUGUCAUCGGCUACAAAUGAUACUGAAACAACGCUAUCAACAGCUCUGUGACAGCUUGCCGGCUGUGUCGUGGUGUCCGGAUUUCCAUCCACCCGUCCGACAAAUGAUAUUCAGUCUGGCCCGUGAUUCCUCAUGGGAGAAAGGCACGGCGACCCCUCAAAGACCUAAUCUACGCCGGAUUCCCCUUCAUGGCAUCUUUGCUGAGGACCGCAGAUCUGAUAGGCCGAAAUCUGGUGGGCAGAGGCUCCUAAUUAUGGGUGAGACGGGGUACGGAAAAACGACUUUGUUGCUCCGGCUACUGAACGAUUGGAGCACGCAAGAUCCAGCCUUGGGCUACUUGGCACGAUUCAAGCUAGUCUAUUUCCUUUCUUGUCGUGACUUGUCUAGCCAGCGUGUCAAUCUAUUUGGUUCGCCAACUAAAGAGGAGGCCGAAUUAGCCGCUGGUUUAGCACCCGAUACGGAGAAUCAAACGCUCUUCCUCUUGGAUGGAUUAGAUGAGCUCAACAAUUGGCCUGAAGAGAUGAAAGACUUGCUUGAAGGGCGCCUUUAUCCGGCCAGCACAGUCUUAGCCACUUCCCGUCCGGUGCCCUCUGCUGUUUCCCAUCCGGCCUUUCACAAGCGCAUCAUCAUUCACGGCUUUGAAUUGGUCCAUGUUGAGAGUUUUAUCCGCUCGUUUUUCGCCACGCCGCACGACCUCGAGCGUGACCAACCACCCGCAAUGAUGGAUCUUCUCCAGGCGCGUCCUCGUCUCAUGAAAUUGGCAUCCAACCCGCUCAUGUGCUUCCUGCUUUGCCUUGUCUUCCAAGAGGAAGGUGGCAGACUGCCGGAAUCGGCCGCUGAGCUCUUUGGUAUUCUCAUGCGCUUUGUCAUGCUGCGCUCCCUGCGCCAACAGACUCAACAAGGUCACAUGACCACACAGCAGCGCAAAAUUCUCCUGGACUUUGGUCGGUUGGCGUUGCAAGGAAUCAAGGAGAACCGUUACCUCUAUACGGAUGCAGAGAUCAAAACCGCUUGCCAAACACUCGACAUUGUAAAAUGGGGAUUCUUGAUCAAAGGCAUCAACGUCAACGCCAAGGGGCAAAAGCGGAUCUUUUAUCAGCCAAUCCAUUCCGCCUGGAGUGAAUACGCUGCCGCAUUGUAUCUGGCCUCAGUCUCGCAUUACGCCAAUAUUAUUCAAAGAGAAGUCUACAGCUUGCCUCUGGAUGCCGAGCCCUGUUUGACAACAAGUGCCGGGAUCUACCGCAGCUCUCUGCAGGUGUUGUUUUUCCUGUGCAGCGUCCUGUCGAAAAAGGCUUAUCUGCUGUACAACAUCCUGUCGCCAUUAGAAUUCCCCUGUGUGACUUUAUUGAGUUUUCUGCAAACAGCCGGUCGGAGCAAUGUUAACGUGGCCGCCCUCUGUAAACUCGUCCAGGGUCAUGCAUCAGUUACAACAUCAGCCGAGAGCCAACUGCAAAGUUGGUCUGCUUUGGUUGACCACCCAGAAUGUCUGCUGCACUCGAUGGCCAUUCGCUACGAUGGACUCGUCGACGGAUCCGCCCUUUCCUCGCUGGUUGACGUAGUCGGACGCAACUCGACGCUUCACACGCUCAAAAUUUCAGCUGUAAUCGGUCAAGGUCUGGAGGCAACUGAUUUGGCCCAAGUGGCCCGCCAACUGGGUCCGAUGAUGAGCAAACCAAAGUUACAGACCUUGGAAUUGGCCAUUUCGUCCGUUGAUGAGGACGUGCCCAUUGCCGACGCACUCCAACCUCUCGUCGAUGCCCUUUGCUCCUCCAUCGGCAACACGGCCGUCUCUAAACUUGUCCUAGAUAUGGAAUUAAGUGCCGGACAAGUGACGCAGCUGGGCGAAGCUUUACCUUCGAGCAGUGUUCGCUCUUUACAUCUUUUACACUUAUCGUGCGCCUGGAAUGGCCUCCAGGCGCUUACCUCCUUAAUUAACAACCCUGGCGGUAGCGUAACUGGACUCGAUUUAAGCGGCUGCUGGGCGGCCACGUCUUCAACCAGUCAAUCUAUUCAGGUGGUAGUUGAUUCGCCGACAGCCUGCGGGACUUUGUCCGGUAGUAGCACCUGCUCGACCGGGUCUCCGGCAGCAACUCCAACACCGGACCCGUUAAAUCACCACUCGCCCCGUCCGACCAAGCAGCAGCAACAACAGCAGCAAUUCCUUUCGCUACCUAGAAGGCCUACGCGUGGAUCGCGCAGUUACAGCAGUCUCACUCGAGCAGGCCAGCAAAAUACUCAACAAGGAUUGUCUUCCUCGUCCAAUUAUCUGUCACGAACGGACGAAAAGCGACGAUCCGAUUCUAUGCUCUUCCAGAAAGUAUUGCUUCCAUUACCGGCUUGCGAUCGUUCGUCUCACCUCCAGUGCGGUUUCCACCUGCUGUUUGAUGCUCUGAGACAACCAUCGUGCCGACUAACGCAGCUCAAUCUCAGCAAGUCUUCCAUAAGUGUUUCCGACGCCAUGUGUUUAGGCGAAAGUUUGCGGAAAAAUCGUGUCCUGAUUUCUCUCCGACUGGAGGGCCUCUCCAGUUUGAAGGAAGUUCUUCCCGUUUGUUUAUCGCUGGCCGAAAACAAGGCUCUCCAGCUUCUCGACGUCAGUUCUAACCAUGUGCUGGUGAACGACUCCGCUUUUCAGCUCAUUUGCCGCGCCCUGGGUCGUAAUUGUAGUCUCCAGUCGCUGAGAAUGUGCGGAUGGACUUUCUGUCUCGAAGAAGAAGACACUUUCAAAACGCUGUCUGAUGCCGUUCAAACAUGUCGCCUGCGAGAACUGGCUCUUUCCUCAUCGCUGAUCCGCAUCCCGUUUCAAGACAAACGCAGUCGACUGUCUUCUGCUUUACUUGGUCCGGUCAUGCUUGACGAAUUGGUGGCUCUGAUGUCGCAAGAAGGGUUCGAUCAAAUCCGUUCCGACUGGCUGGCCUUCCUAAAACUGGAUAAUUGCCGACUGGAAUUGAAUAGCAAAUUGACGUUGCGUGGCGCCCACUUAGUUUUUUUCACGAGCGGUUUCCAGCGACUAAGUGAAGUCAAUCUAGCGCUGGAUGUCUCCCAUGCCACUGAACCCUUGAGAGACAAAGCUUCGCUGGCAUUUUUCCAGUCUUUAUCGCAGUCCUGCUCUCAGCUAAGAACUUUAGUGCUGAAUAAUUGGAGGUUCCAAUGGAGCAAACCGGACAAGGUUCUCAAGGGUAUUGCUAAAAGCUUGAAGAACAUGUCAUUGAGCUGCAUCAGUUUAGAUGGAUUGACUGUCCAAUCAGAUCAACCAUCUUCAAUUGCCGAGAUGUCAUUCGCUCUCGUACUCAUUUCGACUUUGAACAACCUGACUCAGUUGUCACUCAAUGGCUGGCGAUUGAGCAACGAAGAUGCCUUUGAUUUGGGCAAAGCGAUUCGUGAAAAGCUGUCGAGUAACGUCCUGGAACUAUCGCUUAAGAACGUGCCUUCACAGACGAACCGAUUGGUGGUCAAGGUGGCGGAAGAGUCCGGAAGAGUGACCGCCAGCCGCGGUAGCAGCGGCUGCCUGUACCGAUUCAAGAAGACGGGUCGAGCCCCAAGUUUCCUCAACAAGAUGAUGCUAAUCACAUCCUCUUGGAAAGAAUGAUGAAUUGCAAUCCUGAGUCUUAGUGUGAUUCUCAAACUGUGAUCGUUUGUUUGUUCCCUAAACACAAACCAGAUAGUUCGAUCUUUACUUUAAAUGUUUUUGCAUCCCACCCAAGUGGCGCGUUUGUUUCUUCCCGCCACGAGAUUUUCUUACUGUUUUCACACGUCCCGUGUUGCCAUUAAUCACAUGACCUUAUGUAUCGUUGCCUUAUUGACACACUAUCUCACUUGUUUGCCCUUCUCCCUUUCUGCCACUAGAUCCUGUACUUUUUUUUACAAACCACUUUUUGUUACAGACCUGCACUUUUCCCUAGCAAUAGGUUUGAAUAGUAUCACACAAUAUUUUCAUUGGAUGUUCAAUAUAUUGACAUAUUGCAACCAUA